AUGGCAUUCGGCAACCUAUCUUGGUCUCUCUCCUUCUUCCAGCUCGUCGCGCUGGUCGCGACCCUUUGUCACCUUUUCAUUGGCCUCGUAGAUGCUCACGGCUACGUCAUGGCUCCUGCCUCGCGCUCCUACGCUUGCAGCCAAGGCACCGCCAAGGACUGUGGUGCAAUCCAGUACGAACCUCAAUCCGUCGAAGCUCCCAAAGGUCUCCCCUUCAACCGCAACGGUGAUGCUCAUCUCUGCUCAGCCGGUCUGAGUCAGUUCUCUGAGCUCGAUCGUCAGGGUGCUAAAGUCUGGCCGACUAGCAAAGCCAGCGACGUCCAUUCCUUCACUUGGAAGUUCACCGCUCAACACUCCACCACCGACUUCAAGUACUUUAUCACCAAAGCCAACUGGGAUGCCACCAAGACCCAAGGAUUGACCGCUAGCGACUUUGAGUCGACUCCUUUCCUCACCAUCCCCAUGAACGGCAAGUCUCCUCCCGUCACCAUGAAGCACGACUUGCAGAAAAACUUGCCUUCGCGUUCGGGUUACCACGUCGUCUACGCCGUUUGGACCAUCGACAACACGGCCAAUGCCUUCUACCAGUGCGUCGAUCUUGAUUUUGGCGGUAAGAGCAGCGAUGGCAGCACAGCUCCCAGCACCUCGUCCAGUUUGCCUUCCCGCAACUCGUCCUCAAGCGCUCCGACGGGCACCGCUGCCAGUGACAGCGGUAGUAGUGCUCCCGCCAACUCCGGCUCGUCGUCUGGUGCCAACUCGUCUGCGUCCAACCAGAGUCACAAGGCACACACCGCAAAGCUCACUGCUUGCCGCAUGAAGCGCCGCCAAGCACCUUCCGGUUCUCUGUUCGCAGCUCGUGGCGACUACCGUCGACAGAAGCUCCAGUUGCAGCGCAAGCGACAGAUCUAG